AUGGCCUCGAACCAGAUGCCAACACUCUCUAUCUCAUUGCACCUUGCACCAAGGCCUUCACUUCUGCUACAUGUGCUAUUCUCGAGAACGGGGAAAAAAUUAAACUGGGCGGUGCCCGUGUCGUCAUAUCUGCCAGACUUCAAUACCGUCAACGAUCCAGAAAUCGGCAAACGAGAAACCCUCGAGGACCUCUUGUCACAUUCCACUGGCCUUGCCCCGGUUGACCAUGCCGUCACAGGCUUUUACGACGAGUAUUAUAACAAAGGCCAAGACCAUGUCAAGAUUGCCUCCCACCUCCCUGUAGCGUACAAUUUUCGAUCCAGGUGGCUUUACAACAACACCAUAUAUGGAGUCAUCGGUGAACUCAUCGCCAAGCUCACCAGUUGGAAGACGGAGGUAUUCAAGGAGCCGCAGGAUUUGUCCGAAGCUCAGUGA